AUGGGUUAUUUAUUAACAUACCGGAACAGCCAGCCGAAUACUGGAAUGUCCCAGGAGCGAAAAAGCAAGCUUGAGGCGCUGUCUGGCCCAGAGCCGCCAUCGGCCGGAACAUUGUUAAAGGAAGACAUGUCCGUUCGAAUUCUCUUGGACUUUUCGAUCAACAACGCCGCCGACACACUCGUUUUUUAA